AUGGCCAUUCGAUACACCGCAGAGCAUCUGCUCUUCCUGAGGGAGUCGCCGCUAUGCAUCAAACCUGAGAAACUGCCUCCGGCGGAGGAAUGGAUGGGGGCACCCCCAGACCAGACUCGAGCGCAGAACAAACCGGUCAACGAUCGACCUCGGUCCCUGGACAAUCCGCUUCUUGACCAGAACAAUCGCCGCCCAGGCAUCAGCCACACCUCGCGGACCAAUCCCGAUGACAUUGUCUUUGCUCCUCCUCGGAUGGCGUUUGCUUCGUCUGGCCGAGGUAACAAGACGCUUGAUGGUGAAAAACCGACCAAGGAUGCUGACCCCGCAGGUCGGUUCGCCUUGCGCAAUCGAAACAGCGAAGCCGACGGAGACCGCCUGCGCGCACCCAAUGCUGUUCGUCGCCGCGGAGAAAACGACCUAGAUAGCGAUGGCUGGAGCACAGUCAAGCCCCGCAAAAGCUUUGGUGCUGAGGGUGCCGAGCGUUUCCACGGCCGCAUGGGUGGCAACUUUCGAGAUGAGAAGAAGCCCCUGCGAGAAAACGAUCGCGAUGCCACUCGCGACCGCCCAACAAGGCCUUUUGAUACCUUUGGUCGAGACAAUAAGGAAGCUGAAAAUGACCCUCGAGCGCGCAACGGCGCUGGCAGGAGCAAAGUGGACUCUUGGCACAAGGCAGAGUCAAUGCCGACGGAGCCCCCCGCGGCCGAGCGAAAAGAGCGAGACCGAACCAAGAGCUGGAGAGACCGAGAUACCACUGAAACUGCGGAUGACCGUACCAAUGGCAGGGCACCCGACAGGCGAUGGGCUCGCGACCGUGAGCAGCGUGUUGAGCGUGAGCCCGAAUGGUUCGACGAGCCUGCCGAGGCACUCCGCGAAGCGCAUACCCAGCAAGACUUCCAGAAGUGGAUGGAGCAGAUGAAGAAAGGCAAAGGAGGCGGUGAUGCUCCAGAGCGCCCAGCAGCAGCAGCUGCUGCGGCUCCUGAACCUGCUGCUGCCGAGAAUGAGAGGUUUCAACCUCAUCAACCUACUGCUGUCGAGGUUGCCCCUGACAAAUUCUUCCUUGCCUUUGGCGGUAUGCAAGCACAGGGACCUCUGGAGCCCAACUCCCCACCCAGCGAAGUAAACGAUGCAGCCGCCAGGCCCAAGACAGUGGGCAAGUCAUCAAGGUUCACGUCCUUCUUCCACCAACCCCAAGAAGAACCGCGAGGCAGGGUAGAACAGUCGACGAGCGUGCCGCCUGCGCCUUCUCACUUUCCUCCGGGGCUGGGACCACUCGCAGGAAUGGUUCCUCCUCCUCAAGAAGAAGAAAAACAGGCUUUCCAGCAGCUACUGUUGAAGCUUCAGAAGCAGAGUAUGAGCGCCACUCCUCCGGCUCACUCACCAUUUGCUGCCCCGCCACCUCAGGGCAACUUUCCGGACAUGGCGAAGAAGAGCAACCUGGCAUCACCAGAGCCAUUCCAACAAUACGGUGGCGAUAGGAUCAACGGCGGCAUCGGCCGCCCGCCACCACCGCAACAUGUUCAAGAGAUUCUUGCACCUCGACCGCAGCAACAGUCUGCUCGGCCAGACCAACUUCUCCAAGAUCUCGCGGGGCACCAGCGUCUCUCUAGCCAGGGCUCAGGAAUCCCUGACCAGGCUCGCAACAACAACAACACCGAGUUUUUGAUGAAUCUCAUGAGAAUGGGGCCCAGUGCUCCGCUGAGCAUGCCCCAGCCUCAGCAGCAGAAGCCAAUCCCGAUGCAAGAGUCGGACUUCUCGCCAAGAGAGAAUCGGGGAGUACAGCAACGCCAGAUGCGCCCACAGCCGCCUCCCGGCUUUCCCAUGGAAGAGUCUUUCCACAACGUCGAACGGGAUUCCCGUCUCGGCCAGCCCACUCAGAUUUUGCAGCGACCCCCGCCCCCUCCUGGGCUGGACCAGAUGCCUCCCAGCUGGAUGACCAGCGGAGGACAGAUACCGCCACCCCAGCAGCGAGGCCCCAUGAUGCCUCCUCCUGGAUUGCCCGGUGGCUUGAACCGCAACGUUCCCAUGCCUCACAUGUUCCCUCCCAAUUUCCCUCCCGGCGGCAUGCCGCCUCCAGAUGCAAUGGCUGGCAUGCCUCCACGCAAUAUGCCUCCGCCUCCUCCUGGCUUCUUCAACGGACCACCUCAUGGGUUCAUGCCUCCUGGGCUCGGUGGAUUCAAUGGACCCCCCGGACCGCCAGAGCCUUUUGGUGGAUCUCCCUUUGAAGCCCGUGGCAUGCCUCCGGGCGCCGCUGGUCGAGGUGCUGCCUUUGGCCGGCCAUAA